AUGCCACCCCAACAGAAGUCCCCCGUCUACGUGCUGGGCGUCGGCAUGACCAAGUUCGUCAAGCCCCGCGGCAAAAUCGAUUACAAUGAGCUCGGCUACGAGGCCGGCAUCAAGGCCAUGCUCGACGCACACAUUACCUAUGACGACGUCGACCAGGGUGUGGCCUGCUACUGCUAUGGCGACAGCACCAGCGGCCAACGUGUCUUCUACCAGUUCGGCAUGACGGCCAUCCCGAUCCACAAUACCAAUAAUAAUUGCGCGACGGCCUCGACCGGGCUGGUGCUAGCCCGAAACACCAUUGCAUAUGGCGGUGCAGACUGUGUGCUCGUGGUGGGAUUUGAGAAGAUGAUGCCGGGAAGUCUGUCUAGCCACUGGCAAGAUCGCACGGAUCCGAUUGAGAAGACGAUCGACAUGAAGCACAAACUCCGAGCGGCGACCAAAGCACCCAUGGCCGCCCAGCUAUACGCGACGGCGGCCGAGGAGUAUAUGAACAAAUAUGGUGCUGAACCAGACGACUUUGCGGAAAUCGCUCGCAUCAACCACGAACAUUCGCAGCGAAACCCCUACUCGCAGUUCCGUGACGUCUAUACCCGCGACCAGAUCCUGCAGUCGCCUCGUGUCGACGGAGUCCUGACAAAGCUGCAGUGCUGUCCCACGAGUGACGGUGGCGCCGCGGCGGUGUUGGUUUCCCAGGCCUUCCUCGACGCUCGGCCCGAGUUAAAGUCCCAAGCCAUCCUGAUCGCAGGGCAAUCGAUGCUGACCGACCCGGCGAACACCUUCGAUGGCAGCGCACUGAACCUGAUUGGACACCGCCUCUCUGCCCGGUGCGCCCAGACGGCUCUCCAGGAGGCCAACACCCGGAUCGAGCAGAUCAAACUAGUCGAGUUGCAUGACUGCUUCUCGGUCGCCGAGAUGAUCUGGAUUGACGCCCUCGGUCUCAGCGAGCCGGGCAAAGCUCACGAAUUCGUUCGACAAGGCAAGAACACCUACGGGGGCCAGGUCGUCAUCAACCCUUCGGGCGGUCUCAUCUCCAAAGGCCACCCCCUCGGCGCCACCGGCUUAGCUCAGUGCGCCGAGCUCGUCUGGCAGCUGCGCGGCUGGGCUAAUAACCGCCUAGUUGAGAGCAUUUCCGUGGCACUGGCUCAUAAUCUUGGGAUGGGAGGCGCCGGGGUCGUGACGGUCUACAAGAGAGCUGACGGAAAGUUAAACCGCCGGGUCGAGAAUGCAGAGGUGGCGAAGAUUACGGGCCUAGGCUAUAAUCCGGCUGUCGAAGCUCGGGGUUUCACCAAGGCACAGGCAGAGUUGGUUCGAUCGAGGUCCAACAGCAGCCAUUGGGCUCUGGGGGACACCCAAUCGAAGGUGGAGGCGCGAUUUUGA